CUUGCUGAUAAGAUUUCUUUUUUGUGAUAUAACAAUCUUAUAAACAGGAAUUCAUUCCCUUCCUUUCUUAGGUUCGAUAUAUAAGAAACUUUCCCUUUCAUUGUUAGCGUUUUGUUCAAGUGUAUGUCAUAAUUAUGUCCAUAUAGUCCCCACUUCUUAAUAUAUUGUAACUACAAUGUCUCACCAGUCCAAGUUUCAGUUUUUACUCAUCACGAUACUUUUUUCCUAUCUGUUGACAGAGAUUCGGAGGGGCUUUACUUUUGAUUUCUUCCAAUACAAAUAUUUGCAAUUUUAUAACUGAAGAGCUUCUCUAAUGCUAAAUUUAGUCAGAACAAGAACUCAGCCCAGGUCUAAUAGAUCAGGCAUGGAUUAUGCAGAUUCAAAGAAGAAGAACAAUUUUGUGGGUAAAAUUCUUAUGGCUGCUAUGUUGACUGCACUAUGCAUUCUUAUGCUCAACUACUCCCCUAAUUUUAAUACCCUAACCCUAUUCUCUCGUCAUGAACCAGGUGUCAAUCAUGUCUUAGUCACUGGAGGUGCUGGCUAUAUUGGCUCCCAUGCAGCAUUACGUCUUCUAAAAGAUUCUUACCGAGUGACCAUAGUGGACAACCUUUCACGAGGAAACUUAGGUGCUGUUAGGAUUCUACAGGAAUUAUUUCCUGAACCUGGCAGGUUUCAGUUCAUAUAUGCUGACUUGGAGGAUGCCAAAGUGGUGCACAAGAUAUUCUCCCAAAAUGCAUUUGAUGCGGUCAUGCAUUUUGCAGCUGUAGCAUAUGUUGGAGAGAGCACCCUUGAUCCUCUCAAGUAUUAUCACAACAUCACAUCAAACACCCUCACUGUACUAGAAGCAAUGGCAACUCAUGGAGUCCCAACUUUAAUUUACUCUAGUACAUGUGCAACGUAUGGAGAGCCUGAAAAGAUGCCGAUUACAGAAGAAACUCCACAGCUGCCUAUUAAUCCAUAUGGAAAAGCAAAGAAAAUGUCGGAGGAUAUUAUCCUAGAUUUUCACAAGAACUCAAACAUGGCUAUCAUGAUUUUGAGAUACUUCAAUGUCAUUGGUUCUGAUCCAAAUGGAAGACUAGGAGAAGCUCCGCGACCUGAACUAUGGAAACAUGGCCGGAUAUCUGGUGCUUGUUUUGAUGCAGCUCGUGGAAUCAUACCCGGGCUUAAGGUAAGAGGAACAGACUAUAAGACAGCAGACGGUACAUUCAUAAGAGAUUAUAUAGAUGUGACUGAUCUGGUUGAUGCUCAUGUGAAAGCUCUUGAGAAGGCAAGGCCAGGAAAAGCUGGGAUCUACAAUGUUGGAACAGGAAGAGGUAAGUCAGUGAAAGAAUUUGUAGAGGCUUGUAAGGCAGCAACUGGGGUACCUAUCAAAAUUGACUUCCUUCCCCGUAGGCGUGGUGAUUAUGCAGAAGUUUACAGCGAUCCAACUAAGAUUAGGAAUGAACUGAACUGGACAGCUAAAUACACUGAUCUUCAAGAGAGUUUGCAGAUUGCAAGGAGAUGGCAGAAGUCGCAUCUUAAUGGUUAUGGUUUAUCGGUGGCAACAUCCUGAUGAUCGUUGUGGAAGAUUGACUUGAACCCCAUGGCACAGCUUAACUUAACGUCUAAUUAAUAGUAUCCAUAGAGUAAAGUUUUCAAGGCCGAGGGGGGAAUGAUGUGUCUUCUUACAAAGCAAUUAGCACUACAACAAAAAUAACUUUUAGCAGCAAUAAAUAUGCACAUUAACAAAGAGUGCUAAAGUCUUUACCGGCAUUAGUUAAUUAUUAUCGGAUCCAAUGUCGCUAUAGGCUUUAGGGACAUUUAUAAAGAGUACUAAUUACCUCUAAAAAUAUAUUUAGCGGUAAUUAAACAAUUAUCGUUAAUUAAUUAUCGCUAAAGAUCAUUUUUGGUGGUGUAGUGUAGGCAACAACCUUACCCAUUUGUUAUGUGUAUUUAGUGAAAGGGAUAUUUCAAAUCAAUAAUAGUUCCUAUUCAGGUAUA